AUAACAUUACAACGAUAUAUCGAUAGCAAGUAAACUUUUGAACUUUGGUGGUGCUCCGCCGUACCGAGUGGUAUUUUUGCUUUUUCCGCCUGCGGUCCUACUAUCUCCAACAACUAGGAAUUUAAUAACAAAAGGCAAGGGAAAACGCAAAACGUAAUGGGGAACCAAUAUGGAAUGCACAUCAAUAGCGAUGACGAUGAUGACGACUUUGACUCUUCGGACAACGAGCUGGGCUUCAAUGUGAUUAACUUUACGGUGAACGCCAUGGACAUGGAACUGCGCUCUGAUUACUGCAACCACGAGCUGCCAGUAAUAAGAAGCAAGCCAGAUUUGGUAAAAUUUCAGAACACCGACAUGUACAAGGAGAUUAGGGCAUCCAGUGGACUGGUUAGCAAUCCAGAUGAUCGCUGGAAUCUAGUGCGUGCCCUUCAGCAGCGAGAAAAUGGGAUGGCAUCGCCCCACAGCGCCUCGUUUUCCAAGAACCAGCAGCGGUACAUUUCCAAUCUGUACAUACCAAACAAGAAGUCCACGCGCCUCAUGUCGCUGGACUCGAAAAUCUUUGUGACAAAGUUCAAUCGCACGGGCACCAAACUGCUUACCGCCUGUCAAGAUGGCUUUGUCCGCAUUUACGACGGCGCCAAGGGAACAUACCACCUGUUAAACCGAAUCCGGGCCCGUGACGUCGAGUGGAGCAUCAUCGAUGCCGACUUUAGCCCGAAUGGCCAGCACUUUGCCUACAGCACCUGGUCCCGUUCAUUUUUCAUUAUGCCUGUGAAUGGGGGCGAAGAUGACUGCCAGUGGAUCGAUGUUAAUGGGCUGCCCAACCAUCGGCUAGCCAUCUUCUCGCUGCGCUACUCGCCCACAGGCGACAAGAUCAUCGGUGGCAGCAACAAUGCCAAUGUCAUCGUGACCGAUAUCCGCACACGGAGCACCCAGAUCCUGCGCACCCACCGCAUGCCCGGCACUGAUGUAAACUCAGUGUGCUUCCUGCACGACAAGGACCCAAAUGUGAUAAUCGCCGGCUGCGACGAUGGGCUGCUCAAGGUGUACGAUCUGCGCACCUCGUUCCGUUCCCGCGAGCUGUCCAAAUCGGUGGCCUCCUUCAUCGGCCACUACGAUGGCGUCACUUACCUCGAUUCACGCAACGACGGCUACCACGUGCUGUCCAACUCCAAAGACCAAAGCAUCAAGAUCUGGGACAUGAGGCAGCCCAGCAAUCUGCGCAACCGCAGCCGCGCCAGGCAGCAGCAGUUGGACCUUACCAUGUGGGACUACCGCUGGAAUCGCGUUCCCCGUGAAUUUUACAAUCCCAAUAAGGCGCUGGAUGGGGACACCAGUAUAAUGACCUACCGCGGUCAUCGAGUCACCAAAACCCUGCUCCGGGCCAAGUUUUCGCCUCUGGAACAGACAGGACAGCGUUACAUAUACACGGGCUGUGCCACUGGACGUAUAAUAAUUUAUGAUGUGCUUACCGGUAAGAUUCAAGAGGCUAUUGAAGGACAUAGAAAUGUGAUAAGAGAUCUGGACUGGCAUCCGGAGCGCUCGGAAAUUGUGUCUGGUUCGUGGGAUACCCAUGUUCACCUGAACAACUUCAGCCGCAGCAACGCCAAUCGUCCGGUCAAGCGAUCCCAUAGCUCGGGCCAGGAUAAGAGGCCAUUGCGACGAUCACGCCGCCUGGCGAACCGCAAUGUGACUCCAGACUAAUUGUAAUGUUAUCGUAUUGACUAGCUUGUAAGACAUCCCCACUGAAAUUAACCAUAACAUUCAUUCUCAAACGCAUGCGUAGAUGAGGGGAACGAAUAUUCACCACAGUCGGACCGCACAUUGGUUCUUUGAAUAAGACUGAAGAAUAUGUCACAGCUUGAAAUGUAUAGUUCAGUUUAAUUAAUUAUCUUGUUACACAUUAAAAUGUAAACCAUGAAGCUUAUAGACUACCUACUUAAGUUGUUUAUGUACAAAACAAUCAUAAUAAGAACCACGUUGAAUUAUAUUUCGUUUGCUAGAACUAAA